UACUGUUCCUUAAAGCUACACUGUAGUGCUCUGGCACUGGCACAAAGGAGGCUGGUCAUCUAGAAAUAGGUAGAACCUAUUUUGAGAAUGUUGAGUUGGGUCUAUUAUUUCCUUUUGUUGACAAAACAUUUUGUAAAAACAUUUUUUUAUAUGCAGCCACACGUUUUAAAGCAGCCUCCAACAGUUGUGUGCUACAUAUGUGGUCGGGAAUUUGGCACUAAAUCUAUCAGUAUCCAUGAACCACAGUGCUUACAAAAAUGGAAUCUGGAGAAUGGCAAAUUACCCAAAAACUUGCGAAGGCCUGAACCAAAAAAGCCUGAAGUUAGACCAAUUGGAGCAAAAGGUUCCUAUGAUCUUGUUUCCUUAAAUGAGGCAGCCUGGCAGAGUGCCCAGAGCCAAUUGGUUGCCUGCGAUAUUUGUGGCCGUACCUUCCUGCCAGACAGGCUCCUUGUCCACCAGAGAUCCUGUAAACCGAAAAAAAACAAGUAGCCAAGUCUGAGUCGUGCUAUACGGUGCUGUAAUGGCCUCAUAGGGGCUGUAAAUUCUCUGUGCGCUAGGUGUGCCUUCAGGAUAAUGCAUUAGAUUGGGAUCGCUAAUGGAAUGAUUUCCUUUGGAGACAAUUUGAAUAAUACAAAUUGGCUUCGUGGCUAAAUAAUUAGAAUAUAAAUAGCGAAGAUCAUUUUUUUAUGCUGCUCUGUGUGUCUGUGAAUAUACUUGGUCUUAAUUCGAUUUUUUUGCCAGAAGGAAUACAGAGCUCUUCAGAAAUUCUAUUAUUUGCCAUUAUAUAUUUCUAAGAUAAUAGAGGCACUUGUGGGGGAACGACAUAAAAAUGCAAGAUGGAAAAAUAAUGCGUAUCAGUAAGAACAAAUAUUUCACAAUGUCCAUUAGCCUGUUAUUACAUGAGUGUAAAUUUUCAUUGGCCAAUGUACAUUUAUUUAGGCCGGACUAGAGACCAUGGGGUAUAUUUAUCAAAAAGUGAAGUUAGAGGUCUGACUACACUAUUGGGAAACAGAAUGUGACCAUGAUGGUCUUGGUCAUGUUAUUAUUUCAAAGGGGAUGAAGCAAUUCAGAUCACUCAGGCUGAAAUAUUUCUGUUAUCCAUGUGGAACAUAAAAAACAAUGUUUACAAACACAGUUAAGGCUAUAUGGAAUAAUAUAUAGAAUAUGGUAGAAAUAAAUAUUUCAAUUUGAUUAGCUCUUUUCUCAGGAAUUUAGUGCAGACAUUAACAAAUGUAAAGAACUGCUCUUC